UGCUUUGCCACUUUCCCAAACACACCCAAAGACAUUCUUUACGGCCUGCCCUAGAGUGGGGAGAUCCAGGAGGCUCACAGGACUACAUCUCCCAAGAAGCCGCGCGCGAGCAACACAGUCUAACUAGCUACUAUGGCUGCGGCUCUCCUCAGGCUCCGAGGCACACUAAAAUGCUGCGCCAGAUGGAUGCAUGGCUCACUGAUAUUUACCUUACCGCCAAGCCUGAUCACAUGAGUUCCAUCCCUGGGUUCGAGAUAUCCAAAUAUUAUGGAAGUCAAAGUCGCUGUGUACGCCUCCCACCACAUGGCACUCCACGUAGGCAUUAGGGAAAUUAAUUUUUUUUAACGUUAAAAGGCAACGGAUGGGGGUCUAUCCCGAAGGCUGUCUUCUCACUACUGCACUUGACUGGCCUUUAAAGUAAUAAUAAUAACAACCGAUGCAGCAAAGGGAAGAUUAUGCCCGGAGCCUGGCGGCCUACACUUCAGAAAAGCGGUGUUUUGUUUAAAUCCUGUUACCCUAAACCGUAAAUCCCCAUCUUUAGUAAUCCAUCCCUCUCCUGUUGUGUUUUGAUCGCUUUCCAAGUCCUUCGCGGACAGACAGUAUGAAAGCCCCUGUCGUCACUCCUCUGCAAAUAGUGGAAGACCUCGUUGGAGAAGAAAUGCCACAACGCUGUAGGGCGGCGUCUCUCGGGGGUGGUGAGACUGUCAUUGUGAAAUCCCUGAGUUCCAUCUCCAGCACCAAGGACAUGGAAAGUGGAAUAAAGAAAUACAGGCACUGGAGAGAUGGCUCAGUGAUCAGGAACUUCUGCUGCUCUUGCCAGAAGACCUGGGCUGGAUUCCCAAAACUCUCAUGGCUAACAACAGCCUUCAGUACCUCUAGUUCUAGGGUGUCUGGUGCCCUCUUCUGGCCUCUGUGUGCACUGUACACGUGCGGAUUAGAGAUUUGUUGCUCACACCACCAAGAUGCGUCUUAGUCCUCCGGGUUGCUUAGAGAGACCUAGGGAAGACAAGGCCUGUCUCCAGCGCGUGAGGUAAUGACUCACUUCCGGCCUGGGUUUGUUUUUCUGUCACCGGCUAGAUAGAGAACUAACAGUCCAUGUUCACGGGUGUGCUGUGCCGGUAGUGGCCUGUUCGGGUCCUCGCUUUUGAAAGAAGGUAGCAGUGCGCCCCGUUUUGCCCUUCUAAAAACAAGUUCGAGCCGGACGGUCCAGCGACUCCAAUGGCUGUCGCGGCUGUCGCGGGUGCCGCGCUCUGUACGGUGAAAGUGGAGGAGUACUCACCGGGGAGUCAGAAGUCCUGCGGGUCCGGGGAUUGGCAGAACCCCGAAACUUCUCGAAAACAGUUCAGGCAGUUGCGCUACCAGGAAGUGGCCGGCCCCGAGGAGGCACUGAGCCGGCUAUGGGAGCUGUGUCGGCGGUGGCUGAGGCCGGAGCUGCGCUCCAAAGAGCAGAUCCUGGAGCUGCUGGUGCUGGAGCAGUUCCUCACCAUCCUGCCGCAGGAGCUCCAGGCCUGCGUGCGGGACCACUGCCCUGAGAGCGGGCAGGAGGCUGCGGCCUUGGCGCGGAUUCUACAAAGAGCCCUGGACCGAGCCUCCUCACAGGGAUUUGUGACUUUCAAGGAUGUGGCUGAAUCUCUGACCUUGGAAGAGUGGGAGCAGCUGGCUGCGGCUCGGAAGGGUUUCCACAAAGAGAGCACAAAGGACUCUGGGAGCACAGUUCUGCCUGGCUUGGAAACCAGAGCUUCAAACAAAGACUGUGUUCCAAAGCAAGAAACUUUAAAGGAAGCAGAGCCCCAGGUAUGGAUACAAGAAGUGUCCCAGGGAAAGGUCCCACUAUUUACCAAGUGUGGUGAUGCCCUUGAGGACUGGGAAGAAAAGCUGUCAAAAGAUACUGUAUUGCUGCAACUCCAGAGUUCUCCUGAAGAGCAAGGAUGCACCACCAUCUCACAUCUCAUUGGUGUCCCCAAGGAAGAAGGAGUUUCUAAAAAUAAUGAAUUUGGGAACAGUGCCGGCCUUGGCAUUGGUCAGCACAUCCAGACAGCAGAGAGGCUCAGCACCAAUGGUGAAUAUGAGAAUGACCACAAACAAGGCUUCCAUGUGAAAUGCCAUACAGUGAAACCGCACAACUCUGUUGGCAGUAGUUUGGGACUCCAUGAAGACAAACCCUAUAAGUGUGACAGCUGUGAGAAGAGGUUCAGACAGCGCUCAGACCUUUUUAAACACCAGCGGACACACACAGGUGAGAAGCCCUAUCAGUGUCAAGCAUGUGGGAAAAGCUUCAGCCAGAGUGCUGCACUCGUUAAACACCAGCGGACACACACGGGCGAGAAGCCAUAUGCAUGCCCAGAGUGUGGGGAAUGCUUUAGACAGAGCUCACAUCUUAGUCGGCAUCAGAGAACCCAUGCCAGCGAGAAGUACUAUAAAUGUGAGGAAUGUGGGGAGAUCUUCCACAUCUCCAGCCUUUUUAGACACCAGAGACUGCACAAAGGGGAGAGACCGUAUAAAUGUGAGGACUGCCAAAAGAGCUUCAAGCAGCGCUCAGACCUCUUCAAGCAUCAGAGGGUUCACACGGGAGAGAAGCCCUAUGUGUGUUUUGUCUGUGGGAAAAGCUUCAGUCAGAGUGCAACCCUCAUUAAACAUCAGAGAACUCACACGGGAGAAAAACCUUAUAAAUGUCUUCAGUGUGGCGAAAGAUUCAGACAGAGCACACACCUUGUCCGACACCAAAGAAUCCAUCGAAAUACAGUCUCUUAGCUUUCAUAUGUAUCUACAUGACUCAUGUGGUGGUUUUUGCUGUUGCUACUAUUUUUGAGAAAAGGUUUUACUGUGGAGCCCUGGCUGACCUGGAAGUUGUUAGUAUUCAAGCAUCUGUACUGGCCUGCCCUUAGAGUCCUGACAGGAUACGCUCUCAACUGCAGUCACUAAGAGCACCACCUGUGCACAUUCCUUAAGUUCCCUUAUAAAGGCAGACCUUACCCACCUCCUCUCUUUCUCUUCUGCUACUUUUGUCUCCAGGAAUCUGUCUCUGCCCUUUCUCUGCCCCCACAUCCCCUCUCUGCCCCUUUUCUGCCUCUUCACUCUCCUCUUUCAAUAAACCCCCCAUGUGAGCCCUGUUGUAUGGUGUGACUCCUUCCUCCCAUUUUUAAAAUUAUAAUAGAAGUAGCUAUGUAGACCAGGCUGGCUUCAGACUCAGAGAACAACCAGCCUCCGCCCCCGCCCCCACCUCCUAAGUGCUGAGAUUAAAGUGUGCACCACCAUGCCCACCAUGA